UCAGUCGUCAAACUUUUUCGUCGUGAAACAUUACUUCCAUUGUGCAGACAAGCAUUUUGAAAUUCGAUGGAAUCCAAGCUGCCAAACUCGACGGCAGGAACGACCAAGAUAGUUCCUCUGGCUUUUCCUAAGGGAGCACAGAAGUUGUGCGCGCUUUGUCAGAAACGCGCGUUUCUGCAGUGCAACGGCUGUCGUGUCACCUUUUACUGUGAUGACACACACCAGCGGGAGGACUGGGACGGCAUCCACAGCAGGAUCUGCCAGUCCCUCAUUACUGCUGGCUCAUCCAUCCUGAACACCUUCCAACCAACAGACCGCAAUGAAGCGCAGCUCAAAAAGAUGGAGCUGAUCAAGCUCUGCCGUUUGGUGGCUCAGAACAAGAUGUGUGAGGGGAAACACCAGGGGGCACUGCCCGCUGCCCAGUUCUGCCUACGCUUGUCCGCAGAAAUCCAUGGUCCCAGUACUGUUCAGAUGGUUCCUGCCUACCUGCUGCUGGCUGAUGUCAACCUAGGUAAUGAGGACGUGUCAUAUCUCGAGCUCAUGUCUCACUCAGUCUGGCUGUUUUUGGAUCCAGGUGUAGGAAAUCUUGCUGUGGUGUCCGGGCUGUUGUCCCAGGCAGAGUGGGCAGUUCUGAAGAGUCCAGAUUGUGGCGCUUCAGUGCGCCAUCAGCUGCACCGGAGCCUGGGCCGCCUCCACACUGCCACUGGAAACCUGGAUGCAGCUUUGUUUCACUUUGCAAAUGACAUAUAUUUUGCCAGCGAGGAGUUGGGCCCGGACAGCACCGCCGCCUGCAGCGGCUACUUCCUCAUGGCUGCUGUGUUUGUCAGACAGAAGAAGAUGGCUGUUGCUCGCUCCAUGUACGCUGAGGUUGCAAGAAUUUGGCACGCCCUUUUGGCUGAACUGGUCCAGCGCUUCAUCGGAAAGGAACCAGAAGUCAUGUCGGAGUUUGACGAACCUCAGCCAGCAGAAGUCGACUCUAUGCUGAGAGCCAUUUUGGAUUUUGAGCACGCAGAUGCCCGAAAAGACCCAGCCCGGGUGGCCUUGGUGAACCACGCUCUGGCCAUGUUGUGGUUCCUGGGCAGAGACUUCAGCAAGGCCCGAGGAUUCUGUUGCGCGGCGCUGCUGGCCUGCGAGUCCAGAUCGAACCAUGACCUGAGCGACGCCGUCCGCCACCUGAUGGAGCUGAUGCAAACGGAUGCAGGUCACAACUCUUUCACCAGUCCGGUCAGCAGUCAGUCACACUGAAACACCUUCCACUGCGACUGCUACUCACCUGGUGGCAGGAGAUAUUUCAUCAUUACAACACAUCACAACACUGUUUUAAAGAGUUUUCUGUACGACACCUUUGUGACGAUAAGUAUAGCUGAGCCAGAGGGCGCUCAGUUCACCGACCCAAGUCAUGGAGUGAAAACGAAAUACUGCUGAAAUGUUACUCAAUAUUAUGGACAUACAGCAAAUGUGAAUACUUGGAGUUCAUUUGUUGACAUGUAAAGUGUCAUUUUCACUUCCUGGAAUUGAGGAGCACAGGGUGAUCACCUCUGUGGUCUUUCUCAUGACUCAACCGAGCAACUCCUAGACAUGACAACACUCAGGAUGUACUGGUGUCAUGGUCUGGGUGGCGCUGCAGAAUUUCAAGGUUCCAAUGUUUAUCAUUCAGUGGAGCUGAGUGGUGAUUCUUUUGCUUGUUUGGAGGUAAUAUCGUCCCUAUAAACCGCUGUCUCUAGAGGGUGAAGGUUUCCUGGAAAUUUGCUCUUUAAUAAAACUUGCAGUAUAAGUCAUCUGUCUCCCGCGUGCUAAUCCCGGGACCGGUUUAUAGUCGUAGAGGAAUUCCACAUCAAGCUCCUUCAGGCAACUGCUGGCUUGUGUGAGGAGAACUGUGAUGUUACACUAAACAUCGGUCCGCCUCUGUUUGAUUGAAUUCAGUGAGGAUAGGAAAGUAGACAGCCGCUGUUAUUGUUCUUUUUAAAGCAGAAUCUGGGUCUCGAUCAUUGGGUUCUGGACAAAAGUUUGGAGACAUAUGACAGACAUAUGCUUAUCAUGUCUUGUGCUCCGGUGAAAAUUUAAUGUGGAGAUAGUAGUGAAUUUUAACCGGCACUCUUGACUGUGGGGGUUUGUUUACGAGAAGCUUAUAAAGUGCGGCUCUUUCACCACACAGUGAAAUAGAGUAGCUGUACUGGGAAGUGAGUCGUUUACUGAGUUCAGUGAAUAACACUCUGAUUUUAAUGAUAAACAAGUGGCUGUAAAUUGUUUUGCUCAGGUCUGUGUCAGAUUCUAUGUCAGUCGUCUCUGAAAAAUGUAAUUUUGCCACUUAAGACUUGCUCAGUGACUCUGGAGGCGGUGAUGUCACUGCGAUCAUCAGCUAUUAAAUGUCCUCAGGAGCCGGUGUGACUGUUGAGAGGGGCCAUCAUACCAAAAUAAGGAAGGUGAUGAAGAAGGAAAAUGGUUGACAUGAUGGGAAAAUGUUUGUGAAAAUGUAUCGUGUAAUUAUGAAAUUAAUUCCUAAAAAUUUGUUGUAUAAAAUGUGUCUUAGAUAUUCAUUUCAAUAUAUAUAUUUUCAAUUCAAGUGUGCUUUAAUAAUGAAUAAAACAAUUUUUACAAGUAUUAUUUAGAGUUGAACUUAAUGUUUGACUUAACAUUAUGCAUGCUAAAAAAUAUGUAGAAAACAAAAUAGGAAGUAUUCCGUGCCAUCAAGUUUCACUCAGACUCCACGAGUGACACAUAGUUACAGCCAAAACGUAAAAACAUUUGCUAAUAUUUCCUCCGAUAAAAGUUCGACAGAUGGUUUUCAAUCCUGUUGACUAGCAUGUGUUAUAUAAGCAGCAUGAAGAGUGUGACACGGAAAAGUCAGUGGAGCCUCUCACACCAUCUCAAAUCACCACACAGAUCUUUAACAAAACAUAUUUAUUUACGUCCCAUUUUCACUCAUUCACAAACACAGAUAUAGACGCUCUGCUACAGUCCGACAGAUGAGUCAGUAAAAUGUGGUUUUUGACAUCAUAAAUGAUCAAUGAACAAUUGCUAGUGUUUGACAUUUGUUUUUAGCAUUAGCCGCAAGCUAGUUGGGAUGUUCAGCUUCAAUUUUUCCUUGAAUUUGUCUGGGGAAGUGUUAGCAGCAGGUUGUUGUUGUACCGUUUCGCUCUGCAACCACGCUGGGAUGUUAGUGGAAGCAUGUGUUUCCAGUCGACUCGCUGCAUUCUUGUCUCUGGUUUUUCAGGCG